UGGACAAGAGGAUUCCAAGAGGAAUAGCUACAUUGCCAACAUUGCCUUUACUACUCAGCCAAAGCAAGAGGACAAUGGAGGAGAAAAGAAGCUGCAUCUAGAAGGGGACAACUCAGAAAGGGUUCGAAAUGGGGAACGUGAUGAAACUGCUGACUUCCAGUUCUGACACCACUCAGCAUGACAACCCAGAAAUGAAGAUGCCCAUGGAUGAGGAAAUUUUAUCAGUUCCUAUCAGCAACUACGUUUAUGUAAUUCUGAAAAGACGAGAAAACUACUUCAUCAGUUUGCUUCAGAAGAAAUUUGGUUGCAUCGCUGUCCUUAAGAGCAUAAGGAAUCCCAUCAAAGUGUAUAAGAAAAGCCUGAAGGAAGGAGUUGAAGUCUCUGUUUGGGUCGAUGACCUUACAAGACACGAGGCCGACGCUUUGGUGAAUGCAGCCAACGAAUACCUGCACCAUUUUGGAGGCCUUGCCUUUGCUCUCCUGAAGGCUGGAGGGCCAGAAAUUGAAAAGCAGUGCAAGCAUUUCAUUGAGAAGAACGGACCACUCGGCGUUGGCCAGAUUGCUGUCACGAGUGGCGGAAGACUCCACUGUAAGCAAGUCAUCCAUGCCGUUGGUCCGCGGUGGUCUGAAGGCCAGAAAGAAGACUGCUGCCUCAAACUUGAAACAGCCAUUAUCAACAUUUUGAAAUACGUAAAUGCCCCAGAAAACAACAUCAAAUCUGUUGCCAUUCCUGCAUUGAGCUCAGGGACCUUCAAUUUCCCGCAGGAGUUAUGUGCUCAUGUGAUUGUACGGACUAUAAAGAAUUUUAUCCAACUAGCUCCAUUGUUUGGCUACUUGCAAGAAGUCCAUCUUGUGAACAUUGAUGAGGCCAGUGUUGAAGUACUAAGGAGAGUUUGUGAUGAGUUGCUAGGUGCCAAUGAUAUUGUGCCUCUGAAUGGAGCCGUGGAUUCUGUCACAAUCCAUAACCUCUGCCUCCAAAUCAAGAAAGAGAAUAUAGAGACACAGAAAACUGCUGUUAUUAUUAACUCUGUGGUUCUACGAGAUGACCCAUCGCAAGGAAUAGGAGAGAUAUUAGGAAACGCUGACCCAGCUAUGAAGGAGCAGUUCCUGGCAGAAUUACAUAAACACCCAUCGGAGAGUCCCAAACUCAUAUAUACCAAAGGAUACAAUGUUGACUGUGAGUUUGUGCUCCAUGUGGUAUGGCCCUCUUCCAGUAAAGACAACGCUCAGGAGGCGUUAAAAGCAGCCAUGUCGAAAAGUCUGUUCAAGACUCAGGAGCGCCAGUUCCCGUCCAUUUCGUUCCCUCCCCUUGGGAUUGAAGAGCUACAUUUGCCGAAGGAUGACGUGGCAGAGAUUAUGGUGGAAGAAGUCAUACGCUUUGCAAAGGAGCAUCCUGACAAGAAGCCAGAAGUAUACAUUGUAAUUCCUCCAGAUGACAAUGAUAUUUAUCAGGCUUUCUGUAGCAAGCUGAUAUCAGUCAAAAACCAACUGGAAGAGAAGAUGGACUGCAGCAGUAUGGAUGCCAUGGAGGUACAGACCAAUGCAGAAUGUGAAAGUAAUGGGCCAUCUGUGGAACUGAUUGGACACAGUUGUGAAAGUCUGGAGGAAGCCGCAUUGUGGCUCAAAGACAUCAUUAAAGUUGAAGAAAGUCACCGGAUUGUCAUAAGAAAUUCUAAUAUCCUAAACCUUGGCAGUGGUCAGCCUGUUGAACUUUCUUAUCUCCAGAAGCAUUUUGGUAUAACUAUAAUGGAAAGCUUGACAGAUGAGGGGGCAGCCCUUGAGAUUGAAGGCUCCCCCCGAGCUGUAAUUGAUGCCACAUUUGCAGUCGAGUUCAUGCUCCAGACUACAGCCAAGCAAGAACCCCCGGCAACAGACGGACCAUCAUCACGGUAUCUGGAUCCAUACCCACAUGAAGGGCACACGGAGAGGACAAAUAAAUAUUGUUACCAAGUCAUUCCUAUAGAGUCAUAUCUUCAGAAAUUCAAGGACAAGGAAAAACAACUUGAAAAAGCCGGCCUCCGGGUUCUCAAGAUAGAGAAAAUAUGUAAUCCCCUGUUAGAAUCUGCCUUCCAAAGGAUUAAAAGAAAAAUAGAAGGGAAAAAUACCGGAAUGCCAGUAUGCCAUAGAUUAUACCAUCAUGUCCCAGCUCAGUACUGUAGUUUAGUAUGUAAAACUGGAUUUCAGAAAACUUACUCUUCACAAGACCAGAAAUAUGGAGCAGGCAUCUACUUUAACAAGAAUCCCAGGAGCCUGGUCACAACUACAAAGGAAAAAUGUGAAAUGGACCAUUUAAUCUGUUUGUUUGAGGCAGAGGUUGUAACAGGCUCAUAUACGAGGGGCAGUCGAAGCUACGUGGCACCACCUUCACUCAGCGCAAGCAGCAUGAAACUCUACGAUAGUGUGGUUGAUAAUAUCCACAACCCUGAGAUCUUCGUCAUUUUUAAUAGAGAGCAAGCCCUGCCAUUGUAUUUGUUGACUUGUUCCCUGCUCUGGAACCCAGAAGAGAAAACCAGUUUGGAAACAUCAGGCCGGAAGCGUUAAGACUGUAAAAACGUUAAUACGUUUAAAAAUAAUACAGGCACUAGAUUUGGUGGUUUUUAGGAUUACCUAUGGCAAUUCUCCAAGGCAAUUGCAAAAAAAAUCUUGCUUCAUUAAAAUGAUUAAAAAUC